AUGCGCCUGGGCGUCCCCUUCCUGCUGGCCCUACCGUUCCUCCUCGGCCCAGCUGCAGGGGACUGGGGGGAUUUGGAGACCCUCUCCCCUGACCCCAGCCCCAGCUCCUUCCCAAGCUAUGACUUCAGUCCCGGCUUCUCCUCUGGCUCUGGCUCCAGCUCUGUGUCCCAGUCGUUUUCCAACUUCACCGGCUCCAAGGAUGACCGCGGGACCUGCCAGUGCUCCAUUACAUUGCCAGACACCACCUUUCCCGUGGAGAGAGUGGAACGCUUGGAAUACACAGCUCACAUUCUCUCUGAGAAGUUCAAGAUAGAGCUUUCUAAAGUGAAGGAGUAUGUCCAUUUAAUCAGUGUGUAUGAAAAGAAACUCGUAAACCUAACUGUCCGAGUAGAGAUCAUGGAAAAGGAUACCAUUCAAUACUCUGAACUGGACUUUGAGUUAAUCAAGAUAGAAGUGAAUGAGAUGCAGAAACUGAUCAUACGGCUGAAGGAGAGUUUUGUUGGAAGCUCAGAAAUUGUUGACCAGCUGGAAGUGGAGAUAAGGAAUCUGACUCUUGUGGUAGAGAAACUGGAGACUCUAGACAAAAACAAUGUCCUCAGCAUUCGCAGAGAAAUUGUGGCUCUGAAGGACAGGCUAAAGGAAUGUGAAGCCUCUAAAAGUGAAAUGGUUCCUGCCACGCCCCCUCCUCCCGCUCCAGGGAGCUGUAGUCACGGUGGUGUGGUGAACGUCAGCAGACCGGCCGUAGUUCAGCUCAACUGGCAAGGGUUCUCCUACAAGUAUGGUGCUUGGGGUCGGGAUUACUCUCCCCAGCAUCCAGGGACGGGGCUGUACUGGGUGGCACCUUUGAAUACAGAUGGGAGGUAUUUGGAAUAUUACAGACUCUACAACACACUGGAUGAUUUGCUAUUGUACAAACAUGCCCAACAUUAUCGGAUUGCCUAUGGCCAAGGCAGUGGUACAGCAGUUUAUAACAACAACAUGUAUGUCAACUGGUACAACACCGGGAACAUUGCCAAAGUUAACCUGAGCACCAACAAAGUUGCUGUGACUGAAACUCUCCCUAAUGCUGUCUAUAAUAACCGCUUUUCAUAUGCAAAUGUUGCUUGGCAAGACAUUGACUUCGCUGUGGAUGAGAAUGGAUUGUGGGUGAUUUAUUCAACUGAAGCCAACACUGGUAACAUGGUGAUUAGUAAACUCAACGACACCUCACUUGUGGUGCUAAACACUUGGUAUACCAAGCAGUAUAAACCAUCUGUUUCUAACGCCUUCAUGGUGUGUGGGGUUCUGUAUGCCACACGUACUCUGAGCACCAGAACAGAAGAGAUUUUCUACUACUAUGACACAAACACAGGCAAAGAGGGUAGACUAGAAAUUACAAUGCAUAAGAUGCAGGAAAAUGUGCACAGCAUUAACUAUCACCCUUUUGAUCACAAACUUUAUGUCUAUAAUGACGGUUACCUUCUGAAUUACGAUGUUAUCUUCAAGCGGGAACCCCAGCAAGAUGUUUAGGGGUUUGGGUGAGAGAGAAAUAAAAUAUUCAUUGAAAAAGUGGUCUUCUCCACUUAUUUAGAUACCUGCAGGAGUAUUUGCUUAGUAGUAAUAUUUGGGAAUAUAGUUCUACCACACUAGAGACUUAGGAUAUUUGACCUGAUCUGAUGAGUUCUCUUGGAAGCCAUCACUUCCUAGGAUUCAUUUCUCUUCUGAGAUAAGGUCCUUCCGGGGCAGUGGGAUUGUUAGAGAUCUAGGGGCUUUAUGGGUCCAAGGAGGCCAUCAGUGAAGUGAUAUCUGGAAAUUAAGGAACUUAAAGAGAACUCUGUGUGGCUUCUGGGGAUUCUUUGCACAGGAGAGUGGACUCAGCAAACAGUUCUCCUCCGUGUAGCCCGGCUAACUCUUCCACACCUGAAAGAAACCUGUGGCUUCAUUGGGCAGAUUAAUAUCUGAAGCGCCAUGAGGGACCAAAUCUCUAAUUUUGUUUUUCUUAUUAGCACCUGGAACAACGUUAUGUACAUAGAAGAUAAGUAAAUUCAGCAUGCUUAUAUUAUGUCUGUAAAAUGCUCUGACUUUUAUUGAGAAAGGUCCCUUCGGGCUUUAACUUAUACACUGCAAAUCAGACCCAAAUGAACCUGCAGAGGAGGCACUUGAUUUUUCUUUUCUCCCAUUGUCGACUCACGUAAGAGUCAGUAGACCCCUCCUGCCUCAUAGCUUCAUUCCAAAGGCAGCUCAGAAGAUUAGAACCAGACUUACCAACCAAUUGCCCUCAUCUCUUCCCUACUUCCUACUUAAAAAAAAAUUAAUCAGUAUUUUAUGGAACAGAUAUAGGAUAAAUAAAAUUAAUUUUUUUUGUCUCACCAUGAACUUUUACUUACAUGACUCUAAGACCAUAAGAAAAUCAGAUGGCAGUGAUAAAAUGAUAGCAUAUCUGGUUAUAUAAUAAAGCCCUUGGAACGUAUGUGAGACUUGUAUUAAGUCAUAUUAAUUGUUUAAUGCAAUUGUUGUCUUUGUUUAAGCCCAAACUUUAAGAAAAUGAAAUUUUAAUUUUUUUUGAGGAAGAAAUGUAAAAAGACCAUUGAAAGUAUGUAGUAAAUCAGUGCGGUUUGAAAACCUUACAGGUGUAUGUGUCUCUGUGCUUUUGGAUGGCUUUAUCAUCUGGUCUUGGUUUCUUCCUUUACUGUUUAUGAGUCCUAGCCUAUAGGAUUAGCUUCUUACACGCUGUACUCUUCCCCUUUU